GCCGGAGGAGCGGCGGGAGCGGCGCCGCAGGCGCUUCAAGAAACUGAUAAACACAUGAGAGAAGAUGACAAGAUCUAGAUCAAGAUCACCACGAUGGAAACCAAGGUCCUUAUCUCCAGCUUUUAGGACUCCAGAGCACCAUAGGCAAAGACAUGCUCAUGUUAAUUAUGACUGUGAAUAUAAAAGCUUUCGUAAGGACCCAAAAAAGUCUAUGCCUUGGAGAACAGAAGAUGAAAAGUAUGGACAAAGCAAUUCCAGGUUUGCACCUCAUGGAAAUAACCACCAGAGAAUAUAUGAACGUAGGUCACCUUCACCAAACUUGAAAAGAAUUCCCAUGGAAGAUGCUUACAGUCAUAAGCCCUACAGAACACAUUCAUCUGAAAGGACUGAAAGCAAUAGGAGAUGCCAGUUACCACCAAAAUACUCGGAGGUACCUUACAAAGAGCAUGAUCGUCCGUUUUACCAGCACAAAAUUGAGGACAGAUACAUGUUUGAUCACUACAAAGUCACUGGAAAUGAAAAAGGAAUGAAACCUUUUCAUAGACCGUUAGGGGCUUCAUGCAAACUUGAAAGAAAAUGGCAUGAAGAUGACUUGAGGCACCAGAGGUUACAUGAAGAGAAGUAUGGUCAGUCACCCAGAAGAGUUUCUGAUGAAUUUACGGCAAGGAGCUCUUUACAGAAGAGGUAUCCUGAAGAUCACGAUUACAGAGAAUAUGGGCACGCGUCUAAAAGGGCUAAGGAAAUGGAGAGGUAUGACGCUGGAGAUGUAGCGAGAAAUUCCAAGUGGAAGCAAGAACGUUCUUUUCCACCCUGCCAGGAAAAGGAGGAGCAGAGAUACCCGGGCGCGCAGUCGCAGCGCUCGGCCGAGAGGGAGCACCUGGGGGGGCCUGUCCCAAAGAUAGCCUAUGAGUACAGCCACAAACGGCGCCGGCAGCCCGACGGGGAGAAGCCUUUUGCAGCAGACAGAGCUCCCAAGUACGUGAAGCAGGAAGAGCAGAAGUACGGCUCUUCCAAGGGUGCUCGGAAUGGCAAGGAGCUGGAUUACUGCCCUGGGGGCAGAGCCAGGCGGACUGAAGAACGGCAAGUUGAGGAACCUCUGAAAUGCAGCUCAAAGAAGGGCUGCAAUGCUUAUGUUAACUCGUCCAAAACAGAUGUUGAGCUGAGGUCUUGUAAAAACAAACUGAACGAAAGAGUGAGGAAAGAUGGGGAAUUGAGGAAAAAUGUAGAUUCCUCCAAUAGCCAGCGUGAUGCAAGUCAUACUGUUUCAGAUGUGAAAGUGUCAGAGGCCAACUGUAUGAGAGAACAUCUCACAGUCAAAGUGGAUAUGAAGAAAAUGGUGACCAAGUACAGGACUGCUUCUAGUCACACUACAGAGAGACAGAUGUCCCAUGAUCUGGUUGCUGUUGGCAGAAAAAAAGAAAAUUUUCAUCCAGUGUUUGAGCACAUGGCAUCUGUAAAACAAAACAUUGAAAACGACCCUUCAAAAGAAUUUACUCAGGAAAUAAUCACAAUUAUUCAUCAAGUUAAAGCAAAUUAUUUUGCAUCUUCUGACAUAACUCUGCACGAACGGUUCUCAAAAAUUCAGGAUAAAUCAAGUGCAAAUACAAAAGAAGUGAAAACUCAUCUGGAUCCAGAAAUUCACAGGAGGAUUGACAUGUCUCUAGCAGAACUUCAGAACAAACGAACCGUGCCAUCUGAGUCCCACCAGAACAUUAUAAGAGUGUUAGAAGAUCCAAAUGAUCUACGGUAUGAUAUAGAAAGGAGAAGAAAAGAGAGAUUGAAGAAUGAAGAUGAGAGAGUGUUUCAUGUAGAUGGUGUAACUCCAAGGAACCAGCAAAGCUGCAGUCUUUCAAAGUUACAAACGUCUCAAGUUGAUGGUUUCCAAAAGCCUAUGAGGUUUAUUAAGCCACCUUUCAGGAAAUUUAUUGGGAGACCUCAUCUGAAUUCUUACUAUGCUUCAAAAUCAAGUGACACUUACCCCCACAGACGUAUUAGAGGACACCUUGAAAAUGCAGGACCCAUCAGAAGGCACUUUAAGAGCAACUUUGCAGAUGGCCGUUUGCAAUCCCAUUAUAAAUCAGGCUUAGUGCAGAAGGGUUUAUAUAUUCAGGCAAAGUACCAGCGGUUACGUUCUGUUGGUGUAAGGGGAUUUGCCACUAAUAAAUUCAGAGAUGGAUUUUUGAGGAAAGAAAAGGGAAAUCUAAAUAUUGCAACAGAAACCUGAACUGAGCUGAGAUCCUGAAGUUGAAACAGACAACACAGCAAAGGGAUCAUCUAUUCAGUUUUUGACAACUUUCUCAAGACUUAAAAAAGGAUAAAGGAACUAAUGCUGUAACUUUCUUGAUUAAAAAAUAACUUUAUUUUGAAUGCUGCAGAACUUUUUUACAGUUUUAAUAAUUGCUUUUAAAGUACAGUAUUCAAUUAAAACAUCAUAUUAUGUACCUUUA